AUGACCCUCCACCAACGCUUGUCGCCUGCAGGCAGCAAGCCUCAGAAUGUGGAAGGCCCCGAGCAAGAUGAACACCUCGAGCCACCCAUUUCCAGCCAACGAUUACUCGAUGCGCAUCAAGCGCCAUCAUGGUACGCUGACAACAUUUUUCUUCUUUCUGGUUACCGUCCCGUCAACGGUUCUGUCAGAGCGUGUAUCGACAGCCUGCGUUCGGUCCAUAAUGAGACGGUCAAUAUCUACACCCAUCUUAUACCAGCGAUACUCGCCUUUGUCGGCAACUGCAUUCUGCACAGAUACUUCCAAGCACGCUAUCUAGCAAUACCGCAAACGGAUCGACUGGCAGUUCAUCUGUACCUCACGACAUCACUGCUGUGCUUCUCGAUCUCAUCAAUCUACCACACGAUGAAGUGCCAUUCGGAAUCCUACUCAGGCCUAUGGGCUCGCUGGGACUACGCAGCCAUCAUUCUGCAGACGAUGGGAUCGUUCGCCUCUGGCAUAUAUGUCACGUUUUACUGCGAGCCAAACCCACAGAAGAUCUACUGGACCAUUACUUUCUGCGCUGGGAUCAUGUCGAUGGUGAUUGUCGUCAAUCCGCGCUUCCAAGGCAGCCAAUGGAGGAAGCUGCGCAUAACGACAUUCGUCACGAUGGGAUUAUCUGGUCUGCUUCCCGUCAUCCACGCGGUCUUCAUGUAUCCCUUCGCUAUGCUGAACCGGCAGGCGGGACUCGGCUACUAUCUGAUUGAGGGAUUAGCCCUCGUCACAGGCACAGUCUUCUUUGCGACAUACUUCCCCGAGUCCUGGGCCCCCAAGACUUUUGACAUUUGGGGUGCUUCACACCAGAUCUUCCACGUCUUCGUGGUCCUGGCCUCUGCGAUACAUAUCUUGGGACUAUUGAGUGUAUACGACUGGAUCGAUCAGAAUCCACGGUGUCCAAUGUGA